CACCUGAUGGCACGUGACCCACUUCACUUCAGCAGCUCGCACUACAACAUCUCCGUCAGGGAGAACCUGCCCCCCGGCCCCCUCCUCAGGCUGCAGGUCCUCACUACGCAUGCUGAAUCUGAAGUGCGAUAUUCACUGCUGGACUGGAAGCAGCGCUACUGGUUCACGGUUCAGCCGCACACCGGCGUCGUGGCGCUAGUGGCGCCUCUCGAUAGAGAAACUAUAGCACACCUGACGGUACCGCUGGAGGCGCGUACGUCUCAGGGCAGUGCAGAAGCGACGUUGUACGUCACCGUAGAAGACGUCAACGAGUUUCCGCCGCGUUUUGCCAACGACUUUUACCAGACGCAGAUUACUGAGGAAGACGACAGACACCUGCCCAAGCCGGUCAUACAGGUGGUUGCUCGGGAUCGUGAUGGGGGUAGAUGGGGAGUGCUGCGCUAUUCCCUCAGCGGAGACGGAAUCCCCCAUACCCAGGACCCCCACUCACAGGAUUCUACUCCCAACACCCACAACGAAGCUACAAGACAUCAAGAUUCGUCUCAAUCAAGAUCAUCGCCGUUGCUGAGCGAAACCCACCUGUCGCACGUGACUCCCAUAUCAAAAUCGUCGUCGCGACCAUUGGAGUCUUCGUCGCUUGUGAGUGACGUCAUCCCCGGUCUUGCGGGUCCGGCACUUCGGGUAUCUUCUCCAGGGGCGCCACCUCCCGCGGUCGCGCCGCCCUCGGUCUCCAAGAGCCAAUACUGGACGCGUCGCCGCGCUGCCUUCUCUGUUGAUCCAGAGUCCGGCACCAUCUACGUGCUCAAG